AUGUAUUUAUUGAAAGUUUCAGGAAUUAGUGGGGAGGAGGGGCUGAUCAUUUCCACUGUUGUGAGCAACUUGUGCAAACCAAGCCAGGGUCCCAUCAGUGUGGUCCUCAGAGGAACCUGCUACCGCCUCAGGUCUUCACCUGCAGGGUGGGAGCGAAGGAAGGGGCUGCUCUCGGGUGGAGCCUCGCUGUCUCUGGGGUCUGGGGUGCUGCCCUCACCACCCCACACUUCCUUCAAAACCACUCCAAUGUCACAACUGAGUGUCUGUUCCGUUUUAGAGACCAGGGCUGCCACCCUCAUGCAGUUGUGCACUUCUGUAAACUCAGCCCAGCUGAGCCUCGUCCUUUCCAAACGUGCAUGUAAACCCAGGCGGUCUGGACUGAGCCUGUUGCUUGGCAAGCAGCCAGGAGAGCAUAAGUGCAGUCGUUGA